GAGCAGGAAAUCUUCAAGAUAGGACGGGAUCCUGAUGCAAACUCUUUCUCUAUUCAAACCGAUUCAACCAAUCUCAUAUCACGAAAUCACUGCGAAAUCUAUGUGAUUGUUUACGAGCCAUCAGUCAACCACGUCUAUGUGCGAGAUCGCAAGUCUGUCAAUGGGACAUUAGUUAACGGAGUACUUAUCGGCGUCGGGCCCCAGAUAUCCUCAGGGUAUCUCCUACAAGACGGCGAUGUUAUCGAGAUUCGACCCCAUUGGAAGUUUCAUUUUCACCAACCUCGAAAGCCCCCUCUCCGUCCAUUAACGGCUAUUCAAACUGAGGAAUGCCAACUCUUCGAAAAUCAGUAUAUCUUGACGCCGCGCUGCCUUGGCACCGGGGCAGAGGGAACUGUCUACCUAGCCCUGGAGCCGAAGACUAAGCGACAACUUGUUUGCAAAUUGGUCAACCUAGGAAGACAAGAUGGAAAGAUGCCUCAAGAUGAGCUUUAUAGGAAGCUCCAAGAGAUUGAUGUCCUUCGACAGCUUAAGCAUCCCAAUAUCUUACCUUACAUUGAUGCCAUUAUCUCGCCACAGUCCUUAUACAUCUUCACUGAGCUCGCGUCUGGUGGUGAUCUCAUCUCAUUCAUGAACCGCCAUGAAUGUAUUGAAGAGCUUGAUUGUCGGAUCAUUCUGCGGCAAGUAGUACGAGGGCUCGCCUAUCUUCACAGAAAAGGCAUCAUUCACCGGGAUUUGAAACCGGAAAAUAUCCUGCUGGCAUACUCUCCGAGGAUAUCUUGCCAUCGAGUUAUGCUCUCGGAUUUUGGUGCUUGUGCUGUACCUCGCCGGAGCAGAAUGACAACAGAUGUCGGUACAUUCGAUUACAAGGCUCCUGAGGUUUUCUCAAGUAUAGAAGCUCAAACUACGGCAGUCGAUAUGUGGUCUCUUGGCCUCGUAACACUUCGGCUGCUCACUCUUGAUGCCGAGGGCUUUGGAAGUCUCACACGAAUGGAUCAAUCAUCUCUUGAGAAAGUAGUCAAGGCAAUAAUCCAAGCGGUGUCUCCAAAGCUCUCUUCAAAUAGCCUUCGAUUUGCUUUAGCUUGCCUUCAGUUGACACCAGUAAACCGAAUCACUGCUGCUGAAGCGGAGUGCCACGACUGGUUUUGUACUCCACAGAAACAUUUCGAGUUCUUCCAGCAAUUCGACCGGCGGUGUUUCGAAGGAGCUGCGAGCGACAACGCCCAACUCAAGCCGAUGCCAUGGGAUCUGGCUAGCCUUCAG